AUGGAUUCUGACGAUAUUGCGCCGAUCGCCAUUCUCAUGGACGAACUGCGUUCUGAAGAUGUUCAGCUGCGGCUAAACGCCAUUCACAGCAUUCCAACCAUUGCUUUGGCUUUGGGGCCAGACCGUGCACGAGACGAGUUGGUGCCCUUCCUUCAAGACUCCAUUGACGAUGAAGACGAAGUUCUUCUAGCGUUAGCGGAAGAGCUAGGGAGGAGUUUUGAACAAUACAUUGGUGGCAGCGAAUAUGCGCAUCUUUUGCUUGCGCCAUUGGAGAAUUUGUCGUCAGUAGAAGAAACCCUUGUUCGGGACAAGGCUGCCGAGUCAAUCACAAAAAUUGCGGCAGUGCUAUCCAACGCUCAGAUUGAGGAAUAUUGCAUUCCUCUUUUGAAGCGCUUGUCCGGAGCUGAAUGGUUUACUUCACGGACAUCAUCUGCUGCCCUUUACCCCGCUGUCUACGAUAGAGUUCCCACUGCUAUCCAAGACGAUCUGCGCAAAGGGUACGCCGCCUUGGGGUCGGAUGAUACUCCUAUGGUACGAAGAGCUGCCGCGAAAUGGCUAGGUCCACUCCUCCUCAAGUUCUCUGAUCCACACAUCUUGUCCGACGCCCUUCCCAUUUAUCGUCGAUUAGAGAGCGAUGACCAGGAUUCUGUUCGUCUCUUGACUGUGGAAGACCUAAUCGCCAUCGCCGGGAAGCUAAAGCAAUCGGAAAUUAAGGAGCAGCUAUUGAAACAAAUUCGACACAGUAUUGGCGAUAAGAGUUGGCGGCUUGCCAAAGCCGUUGGAAAAGAGAUUACACGCGAAGAGCUUAUUGGUCAAUAUGUGCAAUUGCUCAAAGAUAAUGAGGCAGAAGUUCGAACAGCAGCUUCUUCUCAGAUCCCAGGUUUUUCAGAGCUCCUGGAGAAGGAAGUCAUUUUGGCUCGCAUUGUUCCAUGUGUUCGCGAUCUCUCUCAAGAUUCUUCUCAGCACGUCCGUGCCGCCCUUGCAAUGCAAAUAAGCGGUCUUGCCCCGCUUUUGGGUCGUGAAUCGACUAUUGAGCACCUGCUUCCCCUGUUUCUCCAACUAUUAAAGGACGACUUCCCGGAAGUGCGACUCAACAUCAUCAGUAAAUUGGAAAUCGUGAAUAAUGUGAUUGGUAUCGAGCUGUUAUCAGAAAAUCUCCUUCCCGCAAUCGUGGAACUCGCAGAGGACAAGUCAUGGCGUGUACGUCAAGCGAUUAUUGAGUAUAUACCCCCACUCGCCAAACAGCUCGGAAAACCCUUUUUCGAUGAACAGCUAGGCAAUCUCUGCAUGUCAUGGCUGGGGGAUACAGUGUACAGCAUUCGUGAAGCUGCCAUUGUGAAUUUGAAGAACUUAACAGAUGUUUUUGGUGUUGAUUGGUCUCGCUCUGCGAUUGUACCGAAGGUGAUGGGUAUGGGACAGCAUCCCAAUUAUUUGUUUAGAAUGACGACGGUACAAGCAAUCACGAUCAUUAUGCCGUCUCUGAAUCUCGACAUCGUACGCUCAGAAAUCAUCGAAUCUCUUCUCCAGCUUGCCUCAGAUCCCAUCCCAAAUAUUCGCUUCAACGUUGCUAAAUCUCUCGAAGUCCUUUUAUCUGCAUAUGGAAACACACCUGAAGGGGAAGCGUUCGUUCAACAAAGGAUUCUACCUGUCCUGGAACAGCAGAAAAAUGAUCAAGAUGCCGAUGUGCGAUAUUUUGCUGCUCGUGCUCUCCAAAAGGUUGCGGUGGUGACUUAA